AUGGCUGCUCCACCUGCUAGAGCUCGAGCCGAUUACGAUUACCUCAUAAAGCUCCUCCUGAUCGGCGACAGCGGUGUGGGUAAGAGUUGCCUUCUUCUGCGUUUCUCUGAUGGGUCCUUUACAACUAGUUUUAUUACAACCAUUGGUAUUGAUUUCAAGAUAAGGACCAUAGAGCUUGAUGGGAAACGAAUUAAGUUGCAAAUUUGGGAUACCGCUGGUCAAGAACGGUUUCGGACAAUUACAACUGCUUACUACCGUGGAGCCAUGGGCAUUUUGCUCGUGUAUGAUGUCACUGAUGAGUCAUCUUUUAACAACAUUAGGAAUUGGAUUCGUAACAUAGAACAGCAUGCUUCUGACAAUGUCAACAAGAUCCUGGUGGGUAACAAGGCUGACAUGGAUGAAAGCAAAAGGGCUGUCCCCACUUCGAAGGGUCAAGCACUUGCUGACGAGUAUGGCAUCAAAUUCUUUGAGACAAGUGCAAAGACAAAUUUAAAUGUGGAGGAGGUCUUCUUUUCAAUAGCUAGGGAUAUCAAGCAAAGACUCGCAGAUACUGACUCGAGGGCUGAGCCUCAGACAAUCAAGAUUAACCAACCAGAUCAGGGAGCCGGAGCUGCUCAAGCUGCCCAAAAAUCAGCUUGCUGUGGUUCUUAA